AUGGCUGAUGGUCCAUCAUCAGUAACAACUAGAAAUCAACGAUCAUCAACUAAUUCUUCUCUACCUAUUGAAUAUCAAGUUCGUCCACCUUAUCUUCCAUCUCCACGAGAAUCUCCAUUAACUGGUCUUGCUACACAUCCUUAUCGUCCACGUUCCAUUUGGUACGAACUUUGGAAAUCCAAAUUAGCUUUUAUACUUUUUGUUACUUCAACCACAUUUAUAUAUUUUGAUUAUCAACGUACACAACGUUAUAAAGCAAAAAAAGCAUUAGACACAGCUAAAGUGUCUAUUAAACGUUGGUAUAUAUUUCCAUUUAUUGCUUAUUCAGUAUUUGUUCAUAAACAUGAAAAUCUUCGACAAGAUUAUUUACGUAAUCGAAGUCAAUUAGUUGGUGGAAUGAAAGAGCCUAAUUGGUAA